AUGUCGAAAAAAGUGUGUUGGUAUAUUCUUCUACUCCUCCUCUUCUCUAUUACCAUCAACGGCCGCCGAUAUUCGCGGGUUUUUCGGCGCAAACACGAGAAAUUCGACGAGGAUGAGCUGGAUACGGAUGAGGAAAUCAUCGCCAAAAAGCCAAAAAGUAAGCCUUAAAUUUUUGAAAAAUAUUAUCAAAAUUCUCUCAUAAUGCUAUGACAUCGAUUAUAGAGCAAAUUUUGAAGAAAGUGUCCAAACUUUUGAAUCUUCCCAAAGUCCCGCCCGCUCCCAAAUUGUCGGCAAAAAAGAUUGUUCCGACCAGCGAGGACGAGCAAAUCAACAUUUGCUUGGCGAAACAGCCCUGCUUGAACAAUGCCAGAUGCAUUCCGCAAGGAAAUGUGUGGGUUUCUUACUGUAAUUUUAGGUUUAGACCAAAUUUUUUGCUAAAAACGCGAUUUUUUGAUAAAAAAAUAGUAAAAUACGAUUGUAAAAAGCGAAAAACUGCUUUCAAAUAGCAAAUUAUGACUGACUGCGGUCGGAUUUUUCGUUAUUUUUUAAGUUCCCGCAAUUUCCAGCAGUUUCCCUGAUUUUCAGGGUUUUCGUGGUGGGACCCAAGUUGGUCAAUUUUUACGCCGUUUUAGACUGAAAUGGCUAUUGCUUGAUAGAAAAUGUCCUUAUUCACUCAUUACGCCUUCCUUACCCGUUCAUUUAUAAAAUUUGGGUCCCACAACGAAAACCCUGACAAUCAGGGAAACUCAAAUUCUUUGACCUUUUCCCCAAAAAAUAGACAGCCUAGCUUGCCACAUUAUUUACCGCCACAUUUACCAUCAAAAAAAUGUCAUGUAUAAAAUUUAUACAACAGAAUUUAUCACAUUUAUCAAGUGUAAUAUCAAAAUGUCAUCAUUUAUCGGCGGAAACGUUGGGAGUUGGUGCGCUUGAGCAGUGUGGGCCAUCAUAACUCUUUGCAAAGUAAAAGACACCAAUAAUUGGGAGGGCUGCGAAUGCCAGAACCAGUAAAAGACUCAAAAUUACAGUUGAGCUGAAAGCAAUUGUAAAUUACAUUUUUGGGUUGUAAAUUGUAAAAAAACAAAAAUUUACGUAAAAAAUCGUAUUUUACUGACAUGAGGUAAACUUUGAUCGAACUGGUGCUUCGCCGGGUCAACGGAGUUGGGAAAUCCCACUGCACUGUGCGUUUUUCAAACAACAGGUUUCUCUGUUCGACGCUGACAACCUACAGUAACCAAAAUGAGAUUAGUGAACAGAAUACUCACCCACAAGACAAAAAACAAUUGAUUUUCGAAUUGCGAGGUGCGGAUUUCAAUGUUAUGGACCUUUUUCUGAACGCACAGUGCAAUAUAAAAAUUUUUGGACUUACAUCGAUAUCAGGUGGUACGUUAAUUUCCCAAUGGCUAUAAUCUGAAAAAAUGAAGAGUGAUCAGACUAUUUCAACUCUUUCCCAACAACUUAGAGUCAGACUUGGCGACUUGUAUAUCAUUAUAUUACACUACCCACCUGAUGUCAGUUGGACGUCAAAAAGAAAGUAUUCGUUCAUGUAAAGACUUGCUUUCGAAGUGUUGCCGGCUGGCAGACGUUGCCACAUCAUAAUGUAAUAAUUUCCCGGCACGUCUGCAUCAAUUAGAAUAUUCACCAAGCCUACUUUGACAUCCGGGUUGUCUCCGGAAAUCUCGUUGGCUUCCGGAAGUGUGUGACCGUAGCUGGAAAUGUAAUAUAUUAUGGGGAAGGAAAUCCAAUCAGCUUCAUUUUGAUACAACCUACAAGACUGUAGAGCCAGUAGUUCAAAAGUUAUGACAACUUUUUUAGACAACCCCGGAAUUUUGAUGGGCUUUAAAGAAAUGCAAAAUUCUUGGUCCCAACACGAAAACUACAGUAUUCUUACACAAUGUCACGACAGAUAGGCCAAACCACUUGAUAUUGCUUGUAGGGGUAUGGGUUAUUAGGCACGGACGAGUAGAGUUUUCCAUGGAUUAAGCGGUCUUGGAAGGGUAAGAUACAAUGCUUAUCCUGGGGUCUGAAAAUAAGUUUUUUUACCAUGAAAAAGAUAUCUACAAAAAAUCUGAAAACUCAAGAAACAGCUAAGAGUAGAACUGGUAUUGUAAUUCACUUAGUUUUUGACUUACUCCCGCUGAAAAAGUGCCUUCACUUUUUCUCGAACCACUUGUGGUAUUUCGUCCUCCAAAUCAGAAAAUGCCGGAUAAAAUCCACCGAAAAUGAUGAGAAAUAGAAGAACCACCAGCAUUCUAGCCAUGUACAAAUAAUAAAUGAAAUUUUUAAAAACGAAAUUUUCAAUUUCAGCUUCUUUUGCGACUGUGAAGAUGGGUUUUUUGGAAAACAUUGCGAAUUCGUCGCCGACAGUGGCGAAUGUGCUGGAAAUUUGUGUAAAAAGGAUCAAGGGAUUUGUUACAGGUAAGUCUGGACAGGGAUUUUGGGAUUUGAGGGCAAUUCAGGUUUUCGUGUCGGGACCAUAUUGGUCCCACCACGAAUGAUUUACAGGGGAAGUACCCCAAGUGCGACGCUCAGAUUUUGAUGAAACUUGGCACAAAUUUAGAAUAAUUUUUUCGAAGAUAUAUGCGAGAAAUCUAGCUCGCGCUUUGCAGAAACAACCGAGAUUUUUAGAUCGAAAGUCGGCGAAAAUUUAGGACUUUUUGCCGAAUUUCGGCACGAAAAGUUUCAUGCCUAUUUCUACCGUAAAGGAUAAUGUUUCUACAAAAAAUCAAAUUUUUUCGCACGAAACUGCCAAAGUUAUGGCCAAAACGCGCUCUUCUCUCUGACCGCUCUCCACGUUUAGCGUGCUCUCUCGGCGGCGUAAAUCGUCCGAUAUCUCGGCGGCGUCUGCAAAGCGCGAGCUAAAACUUUCAGGAAUUGAUAUUUAGUCCAUACCCGACGCGUGUGCAAAAUUUAAAGAAAAUCUGAGCGUCGCACUUUGGGUACUUCCCUUGUUAAUUGGGUGGCUUGAGACUUAUUGUGGCCUUAGAAUUUGUUAGAGAUCUUUGGAAUUCUAUAUUAGACCUGUUUGUUGUAUUUUGGAGAUGAUUUCAGGGUUUCGUGUCGGGACCACUUUGGUCCCACCGCGAAAACCUGGAUUGGGUUUAUUGAGACUCAUUUUGGGUUUAGAAUUUUCUGGUGAUCUUCGGGAUUCUACUUUAGACCUGGUUUUAGUAUUUUGGAGAUCAUUUCAGGGUUUCGGGACCAUUUUGGUCCCACCACGAAAACCUGAAUUGGGUUGAUUGAGACGAUUUUUUGAUUCAUAGAUUAUAAUUAGCUCAUAAGGUUGUAUGUAAGACCAAUUUGUAAUGCAUAAGAUGACAAUAAAGGUUUUCGUGUCGAGACCCAAAUGGUCCCACCACGAAACCCUGAAAAUAAGCGCUCUCGCUCCCCGAUGGUUCUAAAAUGAUGUCGAUGGUAUUUCUAAUCAAUAAAUAUUUUUUUAGCGUCGCAGAACAACAAAUGAUUUCCGUGGUCCAGACCCAUUUGGGCGAAAAGAAACUAAAGCCAAUACCAGUCAGCUAUAAGUAAGUUUUUAUCGAAAAAUAUUCAGUAAAUAUAAUAUUCAUUCUUUAUUUGAUGAUUUGAGACAAUGAUUUUUCAGAUGCUGGUGCAAAGAAGGCUUCCACGGCGACCUUUGCGAAUACACGGAGGAAAUGCGAGAAUGCGUCGAAAACCAUUGCAAUGGCCAUGGGAUCUUGACGUUUGAGGAUUUUGAAACAACGAAAUGUGGAGAUUGUGUCUGCGAACAGAAUUACAUGGGAGAGCAUGUGGGUUUUAGAUGGGAAAUCGAGAUUUUUUGAAAAUUUAAAAAAAAAAUAAUAAUUAAAAAUUGAGAUUCGAAAAAAGAAAAUUGGGUUUGUUUGCUUUUGUUACCACUAAUAGACUAUAUAAGAAGCCCUCGACUCAGAAUUUUAUUGUAAUAUUGGGUUUCUUAAUUCAAUUUUGGGUCCCGCCACGAAAAUAUGAAAACACCGAUUUCGACGGCGAAAGAAGAUUUUUGCUUAAUUUAGCUUCAGGAAGUCCUUACAAAACAAUUUUUGAACUUCCUUUCGGCUAAAAUACGGGUUUAGAAUUUUAAUUUUCGGUCCCACCACGAAAACCUGAAAGCCCUGAAAUGCCCUCUAAUUUCAAUAAAUGGCAUUUGUACAUUAUAAAAAGACCAAAUAAGGCCAAUCCGUAUUUUAGUGCGAGCUUGUUAGCCCUUGCAAAGACAUAGACUGCACCAAUGAAGCCACUUGUGAACUGGAUGCAAAAGGUGAAGCCGAAUGCAAAUGUCCGGCAGAAUUGUUUCGUUACGAGGAGUUUAAGAUCUCAGGUAACUCCAGAGGCAAUUCCAUAUGAAAAAAUUUGAUUUUGGCGACAUUUUAUACGAAAAGAUCUGGAUCAAAAACAUGUUUCACCGUAUAAAAUGUCGCCUUUUCUAUUUUCCUCGAAAUUUCUCGAUUUUUGGUCGAUUCCGUAUUUUAGGAGAGCACUGUGAGAUUUUCGAUACCAUUUCUCCCCCUCCGUGCAAACCAUGUGAACAAGGACUGACCAGUUUUAUUGAAUGUCUCGCGGAGCUCGGAAAUUUUCUUCCAAGUGAUUUAGGUCCGUGGACAAGCGAGUAUUUGAAGAAUGGUGGUGAUCCUGCUGACCUAAAGGACAAGAAUUGCUUCAACGGCGGCGUUUGCAACGUUAUUGUCGAAAGAUGUGAGUUUUGGGCGGAUUUUUAUCAUGGAUAAUAUAAAAUUUUCGAAGUUUAGGCCGGAUUUUGAGUGGAAUAGCAAGAGUAGGCUGCAUGGAAUUGUUUCCGCUGAUUGUAUCCGAAAUGUAGCCGGUAAUCUUUGAGAUAUAGCCGAAAUUUGUAUGAAGGAUCAUGGAGAACAUAAAUCCUCAAAUUGAAUGGUUUUGUGGCAUAUUUGUUAUAAAACAGUACAGAAAUGACAUACUGAAGGAGUUUUACUGCUUCCGGGCUCAAGUUACGUUGAAACAUCCAACUUUUUGCUCAGUUUAGACAUGACUAUCAAGUGCAAUGUAAACUGUUGGAAAUUAUUCUAUAAUCUUUGUGUUUAUUGUUGUCUUUUUGAUAAAAUGACUUUUUCAGUGCCAUUAAUGCCUGGUAGUGCUACUGAGCAGUUGGCCAACACACUUUUCGCGGUUCCAAAAUGUGAUUGCCCUCCAGAAUUUGAAGGCCAAUUUUGUGAGCGAAGAAGGAAAGGGGAAUGCGAGAAAUUGUCAGAAGAAGAACGAUGUGCCCAUGGAGUUUGUGUCUUCACUAAAGCUUAUGGAAUUCAAUGCAUGUAGGCCUUUGAAAUUUGAUUUUUCCGAUUUUAGGUGUGAAGUGUAAUAUAAAAUUCGAUUUUUCCAGUUGUGAUGAAGGGUAUGAAGGGCAGAGGUGUGAGAGACGAAACAAAUGCAACCCCAGCCCGUGCGGUGACGCAUUAUGCACCGAGGUUACGCUGAGAGACGUGAGCGAAGAGAAAAUCCCGAUUUGUGUUUGUAACGACAACCAAGAAGUUGAUGGGAAGGGUGGGUAACUCGAUUUUGUUGAUUGUUUCUGUUGUUGUUUAGGUCUGAAAUGCUCUCAACCACAUUUCCAACAAUGCCGGUUCAAGAAUGGGACUCAUAAAUGCGCUAAUAAUGCCGCCUGUUAUCCAUGCUCAUUCGAUGACGAAAUUGAUGCGCUCUUUGAUGUAAGUGGUUUUUAUGGCUGUGUUUUUUGUUUUUAGGAGAUGAUAUGGCUUACGACUGCGAAUGAAGUUAGUUUUGAUAUUGGUAGAGCUAGUUUUCGACUUGUUUUGGGUUAUAUUAUCCAUGAUCGUUUAAUAGACGAAUUCUUAAAAUUAUUGCUUCCAAUUGAUGCAAUCGAUUGAUGGGAAGAUAAAACAGAGUAUUAUGUUGUAUCUUCACGUGUAGUUGUGAAGGUAUGUAGUCAGCCAGAUGUAGGGUAACAAAUAUAGAGAGGUUUAUUACAGAAUAAUAAUAAAAAAACGUAGCGUAACACCAAACAUUCACUGAAUAAUAUGUAUCAACCGAGCUCUCUUUUCUUCUAGGCUUCGAGAAGGUUCGAAUGAAACGGAAUGCCAAUAACGUAGUCGUAGGUUUCGUCUCGGGACUCAACAUAUUAGAAGUAUACCGAGAUCAAUUUUGACCAACAAGACUCGUUGUUUCUCUAAUUAUUAUUGAUGUUAUCCAUGUGGUUCCAGAUCUGCACUCCCGACGAAGAUGCUCGCGGGUUUCGAUGUGUCUGCCCUCCAGGUUUGGCCAAGCCUUUUUGCGAUCGACCAGUGACCCCGUGCGAUGUUGACGUAUGCCAAAAUGGAGGAAUUUGCGAACUGAGUCGCAAUUCUCCGUCCGGUUAUACCUGCUCAUGCCCAACAUCUUUUACUGGUCUGAACUGCGAGACUUUUGUCUCAAUUUGUAGUAGAGUGGAUAACAAGUGUGUGGAAGGGAGUUGUGUGGAAGACGCGGCGCAUCAUCGUGGUUAUCGGUGUGACUGUCAUCAUGGGUUUUUGGGAAGGAAUUGCGAUCGAACUUAUGGAGCAAAUAUCAUCGAUUUGUUUCAUGUAAGGGCCGGUCGAGUGAUUUCUGAGGUCUUGGAUUCAUUUUGAAGACUUUUACCGCGGUUACCGGGGAUAUGCCUAAAACAACAAAAAAUAAUAAAAAAUCCUACGUUUCUUCAAAUUUUCCGGCUGUAAAAAUGGAACUAGGACGGUUGGGGAAAAGUACGAUUGGGGAAACCGAAAAGUAUUAUUUUUCUUCGAUGCAAGUGCCGAAAUUUGGAUAAUCGAGGAUGCUGAUUUCGAAAAUUACAUUCAUUUUUUUUUGAUCUUUACUUUUUUUCUUUAAGUAGUACUGUAAAGUAGUAAUUUUUUGAUUUUUUCAUAAAUACUCGAUUUAGGGGUUUUCGAUGGUGCUGAUUUCGAAAAUCUUAUUCAUUUUUUCUGAUUUCAAAACAGCACCAUCGAAAACCCCUGAAUAGAGUAUUUCUGAAAAAAAUUUAAAAAAUCACUACUUUUGCAGUACUGCUUAAGGAAAAAGUAAAGAUCAAAAAAAAUGAAUGUCAUUUUCGAAAUCAGCACCCUCGAUUAUCCUGAUUUUGACACUUGCAUCGAAGAAAGAUAAUACUUUUCGGUUUCCCCAGCCGUCUUUCUCCCCAACCGUCCCAGUUCCAUUUUGCAGCCGGAAAAUUUGAAGAAACAUAGGAUUUUUUUAUUAUUUUUUGUUGUUAGGCAUAUUCCCGAUGGACUUAUCCUGCAGCGAUGACUGCCAUCCUCUUGCCGAUCAUGGCGAUUUAUUAUGGCAAGAUCUUCUUUAUCAGAAAGUUGGACGUGAAGAUUGAGGAGCUUGAGGGCGAUGACAGCGAAGAGGAAGAAGAGUCGUCGGAAAAUCAAGUGGAUGAUGAGAAAAACGCUAAAAAAGCCGAAAUCUUGGUCCAGAAAUAG